GUACCUUGCCCCAAAACCACAAACAAGAAUGACAACCGCCGACCACCUAAACUGAAUUGAAGUUCACCGAAAAAUAUAAAAAAUCAUGGUAACUAAACAACCACAACCACCCUCUCGAACCCUAAUCAGCCACCUAAUAAACCUAGACACAGGAAUCUCCCUCCAUCUCUACACCUUAUUUUUCCCCAAAUUCCUCAAGUUCUUGGCCCUCAAAUUCCUAUCUUAUCCUAUCUUACCCUUCUCGGUCAUUAAAUUCCUCAAGUUCUCCAACAAUGGCUCUCUCUUUUUCCCCAUCAUUCUCUCACUUUUAUUCAUUGGCCUUCUCAAACAUCUCAUCCAACACCCUCGCCCAAUUUAUUGCGAGAACAUGUUCUUCUCUUUCGCUGUUGACCACUGGUCUUUCCCCAGUGGGCACUCCUCUAGGGUUUCCUUCAUUAUCACCCUCAUUAACUUCUAUUUAGUUUCACCGGAACAAAUUUUGGUGGCUCGAUUGAAGUUUGAUGUGGAUAGUAUUCUUGUUGAGUAUUUUGUUGUGAUUGUAGGGUAUGGGCUGCAAUUACCUCAGCUUCGUAAGUACUUCUGGGCCAUCAUUUCAUGUUUGAUGUUGUUGGAGCGUGUUUGGGUUCUAGUGGUGUGGAUGGGAGUUGGGGAAAAAGCAAGUGUCGGUCAUCGGCUUUUUUAUUUUAAUAAGGGGUGGGUGGGUGAUCUGAUCCAUAUCCGAUCCAUUGACAGCCCUACUCUUAGAGCUUCGAAUACGGGAAUGACGUUGCCAAUCUCAAAUCGUGUUGCGGUUGGUACCUCUCAAAUUGUACUGCUCUUAAAUCUAAAAUUAACGUCACCCUCAGAUCAGCGAGUGACGCAUUGCUGUAGGCAUGGUGACAAUGCAAUGGCUAUAGGCAAUGGACCCAAUUUGUUCAAUUCAGGAGAAGGUGGGGGAAUUUCUAUUGGAUUGGACAAAGGCUUGGGCAAAAAUUCUGGUGAUCCAAAUAGCAACAUAAAAAUCUGGGGGCAGAUCUGCAAAAGCAUUCAGGGACCACUCUACAGUUCCUAG